AUGGGUCGUACGGCGGUCAAAUCCGUCGCACGUGUAUAUGCGGACGUCAAUGCGAAGCUCGGUCCUUCCUGGCACGAAUAUGACAACCUACAGGUUCAAUGGGGAUCUCAAGACCAUUAUGAGAUCGUUCGGAAAGUUGGACGGGGGAAAUAUUCCGAGGUCUUUGAGGGUGUCAACAUUGUGAACGAAGAGAAGUGCAUCAUUAAGGUUCUCAAGCCAGUGAAGAAGAAGAAAAUAAAACGAGAGAUCAAAAUCCUGCAGAACCUGGCUGGAGGACCUAACGUCGUUGCCCUCCUCGACGUAGUCCGAGAUCCAUCUUCAAAGAUUCCCAGCCUAAUCACAGAAUAUGUCCACAAUGUAGAUUUCAAGGUCUUGUAUCCGCGUUUUUUGGACUUUGAUGUACGCUUCUACAUGCUUGAGCUGCUGAAGGCCUUGGACUUCUGCCAUUCCAAGGGCAUAAUGCAUCGAGACGUCAAGCCUCACAACGUCAUGAUAGAUCAUGACCGUCGGAAGCUGCGACUGAUAGACUGGGGGUUGGCGGAGUUUUACCACCCGAAGACAGAGUACAACGUUCGAGUUGCCUCGCGGUACUUCAAGGGUCCAGAGCUACUAGUGGACUUCCAAGAAUACGAUUACAGCCUGGACAUGUGGAGCUACGGCUGUAUGUUUGCAUCUAUGAUCUUCCGCAAGGAACCCUUCUUCCAUGGGCAUGACAAUUACGACCAACUAGUCAAGAUCACAAAAGUGCUAGGCACCGAAGGUCUUUACCACUACGUAGAAAAAUACGAUAUAGCCCUUGAUCCUCAGUAUGACGAUAUUCUCGGAAGCUACCCAAAAAAACCGUGGUCGCGGUUCAUCACAUCAGAGAACCAGCGUUACAUUUCGAACGAAGCGAUCGACUUCCUGGAUAAGCUGCUACGCUACGACCACCAGGAACGCCUCACUGCAAGGGAAGCACAGAUGCACCCGUACUUUGAUCCUGUUAGAAACGCUGCGCUGCGCGACGGUGACAGUGAAGGGUCAGCGGCGUAG